AACACUCCCUCCGCCAUGAGCCCCGGAGUCGGGCCGAGCCGUGCGGGCCCUUUAAGGGCCGGGGGCGUGGAGCGUCCCGCCCCCUCCUCGCCGCGCCCGGCCACCCGUUAAGUGCGAGCCCGGGGGGAGGGCACGGGAUCCGGCCGCGGGUCGGCUACCGUCUGCUAGCGCGUGCGGGGCCGGCGCACCAUGUACACCAUCACCAAGGGGCCCAGCAAGCUGGUCGCGCAGCGUCGCACAGGUCCCACGCAGCAGCAGGUGGAGAGCAGACUCGGCGAGCUCCUGAAAUGCCGGCAGCCCGCGCCGCCCACCUCGCCGCCCCGUCGGGCGCAGCCCAGCGCGCAGCCGCCGGGACCCUGGCCCCUGUCGAGUCCGGGGCCGAGGCUUGUGUUCAAUCGAGUGAAUGGCCGGCGGCCUUCCACCAUGUCCCCAUCCCUCGAGGGGACCCAGGAGACCUACACACUGGCCCACGAGGAGAACGUCCGCUUUGUGUCGGAAGCCUGGCAGCAGGUGGAGCAGCAGCUGGAUGGUGGCCCAGCCAGUGAGAGCGGGCCGAGGCCUGUGCAGUACAUGGAGAGGACCCCCAAUCCCCGGCUACAGAACUUCGUGCCCAUCGAUCUGGACGAGUGGUGGGCGCAGCAGUUCCUGGCUAGAAUCACCAACUGCUCCUAGCACCUGCCUGAGAAGGAACACUGCCACGGCGGACCCUUUGCCAGAAGAGGACCCUGGUGCCCAGUCCACCCAUGGUGGUCUGGCUGAGCGCUUGCCACACCUGAAGUGCCAACAUUUGGACUUUUGCACCUACCUUUCCCUUGGCCUAGCUGUUCCAAGCUGCCGGGGACUGAACCUGUCAGACCUCAACCCUGCUCACUGUGCCCAGGGAGCACAGGAGGAGCUCCAGGCUAAUAAAGUGGACAAACUAUC